CCGUUCCACUCCGUGGAGUGCAAAGCCGAACUCAGCCUAAAAAACUCAACAGAACUUAUUAGAACAGACAGAACAAGAGCACAACGAAUGCUCGGUGUAACAGAACAGCAGUGCAGCAGUGACGUCAACUGGUCAGAGUCACGUAAUUAUUUAUUGUUGUCAUAAAUCUAAAAUCAAAUAAUCAAAAUAAACUUUUAACUAUCAAAAAAUCGCAUUUUUAAAGUAUUUCUUUGGAUUUUGACCUCAAAAUUAACCAAAUUCCUGUCUACAAAAUAAGUACAACUAACAAACUUUCUAUUUUCCAAUACAGUUUCAAUUAAUUGUUUACCUUAAAGAUGCUUUCGAAAAUUAUUGCGCAUCAAAAAUGAAAAAUGGAUCUCGUCUGUGUAACUUUUCAGAGGAAAAUUUUACCAAUUUCCUCGAGGAUUUUGGUUUGUAGACGAAACUAUGCUAGAUUAGCCGAAGUAGGAAGACUCGAAACUCCAAAAGUAGCUGGCAAAUAUGAUACUGGGCAGUUGAUACUUCACAAAGUUUUUGGAUACAGAGGGGUAGUCCUCUUUCCUUGGCUUGCUAGGGUCUAUGAUAGAGACUUACCACAACAUAGGGAAGGUGAUGAAGAACCCAACACUGGUGUUGGAAAAGAAGUAAGAGGCAGAACACACACUUUCUACCAAGUACUUAUUGACCAAAGAGAUUGUCCAUAUAUUAGAGCUCAAACUGAAGCAGUUACUUUUCUUGGCAACCAAGACUCUUCAAGAAGCUUAUACGCCAUUCCUGGUUUAGAUUAUGUAGCCCACGAGGAUAUAAUGCCUUAUGCAAGUGCAGAGAAAACGCCCUUACAUCACGAAUUGUUUGAUAAAUUUUUAGCGCCCAAUCAAAACAAAGAUCCACCAUUUAUUGCUCAAGAGACCCUUAAAGCAUGGCAAAACAAAAAUCAUCCCUGGUUAGAAUUGUCAGAUGUUCACAAAGAGACUACUGAGAGUAUCAGGGUAACUGUUAUACCAUUUUAUAUGGGAUGCAGAGAAAGUCAUGCUAAUUCAGUUUAUUGGUGGAGAUACUGCAUAAGAUUGGAAAAUUUAGGUAAUCUCAGCGUUCAACUUAGGGAAAGACAUUGGAGGAUAUUUUCUUUAUCUGGGACUUUAGAAACUGUCAGAGGAAGAGGUGUAGUUGGUCAAGAACCGGCUUUAACUAAAACGUUACCUGCCUUCCAGUACAGUAGCCAUGUAAGUUUGCAAGCACCCAGCGGCCAUAUGUGGGGUACAUUCAGAAUGGAACGUGAAGAUGGUUACACUUUUGACUGUAGAAUCCCUCCGUUCUCUUUAGAAAGCAAGCCUGAAGGUGGCAGUGCAACUCCUCCAGAAACUGCAUAAUUUGUAUAAAUUAUACACUGAUAUUUAUAUUGUAUAUAUAAAUAUAAUAGUGAUUUAAUCCCAUGUAAUUAUCAAUUUAUGCUAAAGUAAUUCUAACUUUGAAACAAAAAUCGUUUUUUUUAUAAAGCAAAAAAUUGAAGAUAUGACUGACCUGUA